GGCGUAGACACGACUCACGAUUAAUCGGAUUGCCCGAUUGACCUAGUCAGAAGGCUAACAAGCCACCAACUCGUGUUGUAAGUGCGCAAGGUGCAAAAUCCAAUAUUAGACAACGGAUUCGGUACGUAUUGCUCGUCUGUUGCCAUUAUUGGAUCCUCCCUCUCGAAGUCCAGUAACAAAAAUGAAGUCGCUCCUCUUAUCCAUAUGCUGUAUUCUGGUUCUGUCACCAUGCUGGGCAGAACCGAUCGCAAUGUACGACGUCGAUGAGGUUUCUCUCGUCCGUGGCAGAGCCAAAUCUCGAGAAAGGCGAGCUGUUGGUGAACGAGACUGUUCUGCUUCACCGCCGGAUUAUCCAGACACUAUAGUUGACACCACAGCACAGCUGGCUAAGAUCAGAGAAUACAUGACACAGUAUGGCUACGACGCCUACAUUGUACCUAGUGAAGACGCCCACGGCAGUGAGUACAUCGCUGCACCUGACGCAAGACGUCCCUAUAUCAGUGGCUUCUCAGGAUCGGCAGGUCUGGCUGUGGUUACCAGCACGCUGGCUGCUGUGUGGACUGACGGACGCUAUUUCAUCCAAGCUGAACGGGAGAUGAUCUGUGACUGGAUGCUCAUGAAGAGCGGCGAGGUAGGAGUUCCCAGCACAACUGAAUGGCUGAUUAGUGACAGCAUCGAUGCUACCAUGGGGGCCGACUUACCCGAAGGAGCUAUGAUUGGCUACGACCCGAGACUCAUGUCCAUAAGCACGGUUCAGAGUUACUUGAGUUCGCUGGAAGAGUCUGGUCGUAACCUGACUAUGGUAGCUAACGCAGCAGCCAACCUCGUGGAUUUGACCUGGAAUGCUCUCGGCACACAGCCCGGCUACCCGGACAUGCCCCUACUUGUCCUUGAUACAGAGUACUCUGGGAUGUCGUGGGAAGAUAAGAUAACGGAUAUCAGGGCGGAGAUGACUAGAGCUGGAGCUACUAAACUCAUCGUCCCCAAACUUGAUGAAGUCGCGUGGCUAUUCAACAUGCGUGGGGAGGAUAUCCCCUACAAUCCUAUGUUCAUUGCAUACGCCGUCGUUGAAUUGAACGACGUCAGGCUCUACGCUUAUGACAAAGCUGGAAGAAUUGAUGCCGUUUCUGCAGUCCGGACACACUUGAACGUUGACAGUUGCGGCACUGACAUAUGCGCUACUGUGAAGGACUACGAUCUGUUUGCCACGGAGCUGCCUACCCUAGCUAAUGGUGAUAACGAAAAGAUCUGGUUCAGCGACAUUUCAAGUUAUUUCAUCUACACCUCAAUUCCAGAGGACAAGGCUUACAUUGAGGCGUCACCUAUCCUCCUUAUCAAGUCACAGAAGAACCCGACCGAAGUGGCUGGAAUGAAGGAAGCACAUCGUCUUGAUUCUAUCUCUCUGUGUGAGCUUGGUGGAUGGUUGCAGGAGACCAUGGAUAGCUUAGACGACCCCGCAGUUGGAGAUAAAAGCGUUCUUAGCGAGCUCAUCGUUGAACAACAGGCAAUAUAUUUUCGCAGCGUACACCCAACCAACAAGGGUCUCAGUUUUGGAACGAUCUCAUCAUUUGGGGCGAACGGAGCCGUUAUUCAUUAUACGUCAUCUAAUGAGACUGAUAUACCAAUCACAAACCAAGGAAUCUUCCUACUUGAUUCUGGUGGACAGUACCUUCAGGGAACCUGUGACAUCACACGUUCUUUCCACUUUGGAGAACCAACAAAUUUUAUGAAGGAAGCCUAUACGAGGGUACUCAUGGGUCAUAUUAAUUUGGUCUUGGCCACUUUCAGGACGGGAGUGUAUGGUCGUGAAAUUGACGCCCAUGCACGUCAGCCCCUAUGGGAGGGAGGUCUGGACUACCGCCAUGGUACUGGACACGGUAUUGGUCACUUCCUUAAUGUCCAUGAAGGUCCAGCGAGUAUUAGUCUUGGUUACAGCUCCCGACACGACCCUAUUUAUACUGGCAUGUUCUUUUCUGAUGAGCCUGGUUACUACGAGGAUGGAGAAUUCGGAAUUAGAAUUGAAAAUGUCAUGUUUGCUAAGGAGGCCGCGACAGAGCACCAAUUCAACGACUACACUUACAUGACGUUUGAGAUGAUCUCAAUGGUGCCUUUUGAGCCAACAUUGAUCGAUUUCACCCUCAUGACCACCAAGCAGAUCGAAUGGUACAAUACUUACAACGAACAAAUCAAUACCGUCAUCAAACCUGAGCUAUCACAAAGGGGGAAGGAAUGGGUGGAGAUGAAGACAAAGUACGUUGACCCUCAAACGGGAGCUGCCGCCCCUCUAGUUACGUCAUUCAUCUUCGUCAUUAUGACGUCAUUUGUCGCCAUGUUUCUACAAUAGAAUCAAGUGAUUAUUAAAUGACUUUUGAUCAGGGAAAACCAACCAAUGACAUAUUUGGGGGUAAAUGUCUGUGUAUCAUUUAGAUAAAGAGAAAGACACAAAAUAUCCAAAUAUUUUUAAAACUAACAAGAUUAUUGACCCUUUUUAAUCAUACAUGUAUAUACAUUGUAUAUGAUGAAUAAUUAUGAUGAUGAAUUGUUUUAGCGUCAACUGAAUUACCAUUCAGUACUACAAGUCUUCUUUCUUUAUGUCGUAGAUCGCAGGGGAUUGUGAAUUGUUUGGUAUUAAUAUGCAACUGCACUUACUCGUAAUUACACAUAAAUAUGUACCCGCUGAACUAUCAGUUUAGUAAUGGUGUAAGUUCACCAAGGUUUCUCAGUCUUGUGAGGCUAAUACAAAAAAAAUAACUAGUUGAGAAGAGACAGCGCUGACAAAAUCAGAACAAUAAUACAACAUCUGCAUCUUCUCCGAUCUACCCCUGGCAAAAUAUACCUGGCAAGAUGUGUAUGUCCAAGUCACCGGCGGGCUUGCACAGACCACUGGGGGCGUUUAACAAAGCUUGUCAUCAGUGACAAAUGACAGUCUUUGUUAUAAGCUACUGAAGUCCUGUCUUCUGAUUGGUUAUCAACAGAUUCGUCACUGGUUUUUGUCAUUUGUCAUUGAAAAAAGGCUUUGUGAAACGGGGCCCCAGGAAGACCGAGUAAUACCCUCUUAAAUCUUCGUUCGCGAAGAGAAGCUAAUUAUAAAGUAUCUUAAAAGUAUGGUAACGGAUAUAUCUAGCACUCAUUAGAAUAUUAUGCAGGCGAUGCAUAUUGUUGGAAAAUGAAACAAAGAGGUCGUUCAUUGUCAUACAAAGACACAGAGUGCGUCCCAGUAUCAUUUUCGUCAGUGAGCAUAAUCGACAUUUCAUAUAUAGUUCCCCCUUGUUGGUAGUAAGUCAUACUAUAACGACCAUAUUUAAUAUUGUAAAGACAUUUUGUUCAAGAUGGACAUAUUAAACGGAAAUUGAAAUACUGAGUCUGGAAAAUUCCACACAAGGUAUAGGUCUGCUUGUAGCUUGUGCACAGUGAAGUUGAAAUGGAUGGUUUGCCUGUUGAUUGCGACCACAGAUUCUUCUUGUUCUUUGCUAAAGAACAAUAUUCUACUUGAAAAUGCCUGAUGCAAAUGUGCUUGUAAAAUAAAAAGACUCACAAAUACCUUAGGAUUUUGAACAUUUAUUUCUCUCAAGUAGUUUAUACACCCUCAAUUCUUAAUUUCGUCCGAUAGCCUUCAUGUUAUUAUUUAAAUGAUCUUUUAUGUAUUAGUUGGAUUAAUUUCUGUCGUAAUACGUAAUAGUGUGUCUGAAAUAUGAGACUAUGAAGACUUCUUUGUCUAUAACUGCACUCCAUAGGCCCUGUGCUGCAGAUCAACAAUCGCAAGAGACUGAUCAGUAAUCUAGGUUAGGCUCAAAGCUUCAUGGAAUAUUGUGCAAGUGACAAAAUAGAGUAUGUGCAGCGCAGACUAGCCGGUGUACAACAAAGAAUUGUGUAAACCAUAACAAUAACAUGCAUGAGAUAUUGUAAAUACAUCCUACCUGUAGCUUGGGUAUGUGCAUUUCAUAAUCUUACAUUGAUUCUGCCACACAUAAAAAACCAACAUUAUAAUGAAUAAGAUGUUACUCGAUCAUUGAUUGGCCUACCAAGGCUUCCGGUGUCUUAUAUACGAUACAAAAUAUGAGCAGCUAUUGUUGUUUGACUUCCAAUGUAUUGUCAAUUUUCUUUCAUGUAUUGAUUUAUAUAUGUUUGAAUAUGUACAACAUAUUGAUAUGCAUAAAAUAUUGAAAAGUUGAA